AUGCACUCAACCCAAAGAGUCCUCCCACCGUUAAGAUUUUUCUGCGAUUUCAUGUUGUAUCAAGUCGACUUCGAGCAAAUUUUAUAGAUUUCAAGAUGGCUAGCCUUCAGAAUCUUCAGCUGGUUCGAUCUUUCUUCACAAGAGCUGGAGGAUUAUCCUUCAGGGCAACUCAAGUUCUCAGAGCCGAGCCCCCAAAGAAGAAGAAAAGAGCGGAUCCCAAGCAGGAGCAGAUGAGGCAACAGAGAUUGCUGAAGAAACUCAAGAAAAUACAAUUCAAGAUGGGUGACCCUGAACUCAAACCUAUCGUAGAUUUUAAUGUGGACAGAAAAUUAAUGGAAGAUGAGAGAAAGAGAGAAGAACUUGAAAUAGAUCACGAGACGUCAGAAGAAAGAGCCAGGUUACAGAAAGAAUGGUCACGUUAUAAAUUUCAGCAACAUGUGAGAGAAACUAACAUCCUUAAGGAAGCAAUCAGAUCACAGACUAAGGCCCUAGAGGAGCUGAGGUUAGAGUCUGAAGAGCUGUACCAAGCUGCAAUCCAAAGAGAUCCAAACCUGUUCCCUGUACUCAUCACUGGUCCAACUUACACACCACCAAUCAAUGACUACUCAGCGGUCAGUCCUGACGGAGAUUAUAUCGAUGUCACAAAGCAAUAUAAAUGAGUGAAUGAAUUUAUUAUAGGAACUGAGGACUUUGCAACCGAUGGAAUUUGUCACAUCAUUUGAUUAGGUCAAUGCCUUUGGACAUUUGGAGAUAUUUAAAGUGUUUAUUAGAUAGUUGCAAGAUGAAAUUGAAUGACUGAUGGAUGACAACUCAGCUGUCAGUCCUGAUGGAGACUAUAUAGAUGUCACAAAGCGAUAAAAAUGAGUGAAUGAAUUUAUAGGAACUGUUACUGAGGACUUUCCAACUGAUGAAAUUCUUCACAUCAUCUGAUUGGUCUAGUGCCUUUGGGUAUAAAAACAUUUGGAGAUAUUAAAUGUGUACAUAUAUAGUUGCAAGAUGAAACUGAAUUACCUCUUGACAAUGUCAUCUAAUUUUGCCGAUAAAUGUUAUAUGAUACAUCUCUAAUCACCGCCAGCCUUGGCACUUCAUUCAAACUGCAGGUAAAUGUUUUUUUAUUAUCAUAGAUAUGGGGCCCAUAACACAAAGCUAAGCAAUGAUCGUAGAACAUUUUUCUACAACUGAUUCCAUUGACUACAAUGUACAAUCAAUUGUAAAAAUCAAGCGUACGAUUAAUCGCUAACCUUUGUGUUACGGGACCCCAGUCCAUCUUACAUGUACACACCUCCAAUAGACAUACCUAUUGAGCAGUUCAUAACAAUAUAAUAAUAUUCUGCUUUUAUAAAGCGCUUUACAUCGGAACGAUGUCUCUAAGCUCCUUACGGUACUACAUCGGUCAUUGGAUACUGGCAUGCCCGCACACAAUGUAUGCACUUUCUCCACUCCCUGGGGAGCAUUACAGAACAAGAGUUCCAAGACUCAACUGCCAGGCAUACUACAUAGGCUUUCGCAUCCUACUGGGUACCCAUUUAACACCUGGGUGGAGAGUGGAUUGACACCUUGACAAAGGCCGCCAGGCCGCAGUGGGAUUCAAACACAACCCUUUGUUUAUGAGUCGAGAAUCAGAACCGCCACACCACAGCACUUCCACAUCUAGAUGCAUAAUUUAGCUGUCUUUUCCUCAAAAUGACUUCUCCUUGGAGAAUGAAAAUUUGUAUUCAACCAUUAAUAUACUGUAUUGCUUACAAUGAUUUUUUGUUGUUGACAACUUUUAUGAUCUAUAUCAUCUCCAUCUAGAUGUGGACACUCAUUAUGUAGCAGGAGUAUUUUGGUUAACACACAUUCAUCAUAUUGUUGAAAUACAAUGUUUGUAAAAAUACAAAUUUUAGAUGUAGUUAAAGUGAUUGGUUAACAAUGGUUUGACUUUUAAAAAAUCUGAGCUAGAAGGUCACACUUGUCACUUGUGUCUUUGAUAUGUUACAAAAAUGAAGCCCAGAAAAAAAUGCGUUCGAAAAUAAUUAUUUAGUGCUUCAAAAAUUGAAAUAUAAAGUGACCGGAAACACCAUCUUAAUUUCAUCCCAUACACUUAUGUGUACUAUUUAGGCGUCUAUAAGACGCCUAUUUACAAAAUCGGGGUUUGCCUUGUAGUUUUAGCUUUUCAUCCUCAAUAAUGGUUGUUUUCAGGGUUUAUUAGUUCUAAUACAUGCACUUGUACACAUGUUUCAUCUUGGUUUGAGAAUUUUUUAAAUCGGCAGCUCACAAAGUUAAACAAUCCUUUAAGUGUUUGGCUGACAUUUGUGAUGCUAUAUGCUCCACAAGGAUGACAAUUCUUCACAAUGGCUUUAUUGAUUGAUGUAAGUGAUCACAGUAGGGCAUGUAGCAUCAUGACAAUUUCAAUAAGAUUAGAGCCAAGACAUGUUCCGUUGCAUGAAAACACUGGUCUCACAGAUUUCAUGCAUUAUCAUAAUAUACAUGUAGCCCUUCUAUUCACCUUGCACUAAAUUCUUGCGGUUUGCCGAGGUUACUUCAUAAAUGAACCAACUUUUUAUGUAAAGUCAACAUAAAAACAGUGGGCUCGCUCAUUAGAUCCUUACUAUCAAUGGUAUAAUGAGAAAAAAUUUUGAGGGGGCAGCCAUGGCAUGUUGGGCAAAAUUUGUAAACAGUUGCUAGCAAGCAAACAGAGCAACUCGGUGGCAAGCUCCAACUGGUGUUUCAAUGGAGUACCGAAGUGUGAAGUCAGUUGCCAAGGUGUCAUGGCGGGUUGGUUCUAAACAGAGUCGCAGCUGACGGUCGUCUGCACACAUUUGUAUUUGCAAAUGACUUUGGUUUGUCUGAAAAAAUAGGUUGCAUGCGAUCAAAUUCCGAAAGCAGCCAUUUUCUCCUUUGAGAAACACACGCUUUCAUUCGGCGGGUUCAUUUGCCACCAUUACACCAUUGCAACAACGUCAUCGCUUCGGUACUCUAUAAAAUAUAUCAGCUGCAAAUUUCACAAGUGAUAGAUCAGUUUUAAUGAAAGCGAAUCAAUUUAUUUUUGUAGAUUCAAGAAGAAGACUAGUAAAUCGAUUGCAAAUCUGCAAUUAUUCAAAAAGAUAUGAUUGAUUUUAAGACCCAAAAUUGACUUGCAAUCAAUUGCUAGUUUUGUGCAACACCCCAUAAGAAGUAAAGUUUUCACACUUUUUCAUAUAAAAUUGACUUUUCAAUAUGAAUGAAGUAGAACUUGAUGCCUAUGGAAGAACUUGAUGCCUAUGUAAUGUGUAGAAUACCUUUUAUACAAUUAGUAUUAAAUCACCCUCCACAAACACAUAAAAGGAAAACAAUAAGAAAAAUGUGUUGAAUAUGGUUUAGAAGUUUAUUAUAAAUAAAGUGAAUUGUAUUCAAACAUUUUUAGACUAAUGUCUUUAACAAAUCUCCCAGCCGUUAUAACAGAAAUGGGAUGUGAUUAGAGUUACUGAAUUCAGAGGCGGAGGAACAUCAGGCAUGGACAAAGAAAGUGGAGGGGUACCUUUUGUCUGCCGAACAAUAGAUGCCCCUCCACUUUCAUUGUAUGAGCCUGACGUUCCGCCGCCUCUGACUGAAUUCCUGCAUGAGUUACAGUAUUAGACUGGUACAACACCUACAUGAUGUCCCUGGGCUCUUGAAAUCUUGUGUCUCAAAAUUAAAAAAUUUUGCAGACAGCUCGGAAAAAGCUCAAUUUUAGCGAUAUGGAUUUAUAAUAUACAUAGAAACUUUCUUUUGCUUUAAUAAAACGAGUUCUUUCCAGGUGUUAUGAGAGUGUUUCCGAUAAUAUGAGGUUGCAUCAAUCAGCAUAUAAAAGCUUUUUUAAGGAGCUGCCUUCAAAUUUUUAAAAUUUUGAGAUGCAAGUUUUCAAAACCCCAGUGACGAUGUUGUAUUUACGUUAUCAGUGCUGCAAAAUAUUUAAUUGGUAAACCAAUAAGUUAUUUAUUUUGAUUUUUUUUCUUCUUUGUUCACUGGGAAAGGGAAGGGUGUUUCUUUAAAGUUCAAUUUGAUGUUGUAAAUGAAAUUCUUUGCCACUGGGAUCUAUGACUAUGUUGCUGGUCAGAUAUGUCAUCACAGGUUCUCAUAACUACCACAAAAUCCAGGCAUGUAUUAAUGAGUUUAAAAGACACCAUAAACUUUGUUCUAAAGGGAGUCUGAGUGAGGGUGUGUUCUCUUAUUUUUAUUUUUUUGUCAAAAUCCUGCUAUCUGGUGAAUGCUUAUUUGCGAUUUUCGCAUUUAUACUUGGUGAAAUUCAAGACAACUAUAAAGUACAUGUUAUGUAUUACACACCUGAAUACAAAUAAAGACUGAUGUGGGUUGAAGAUUA